CUUAAAGUAGACAAGUAGACUGUGAACAGUGUGAACAGUGAACGAGUCGUUACAACAGGCAGCAGGCGCAAUAGUUGAAUUAUAUUCUGUGGUUUUAUCUGUGGCCUGCGGGCGCCGAAAAAACGGACAAGUUUAAAGAACGAAAAUGUACUUGACGAAAUUUUGUUUGCCAAAUUUGUCCGAUUUGGUUAGUUUAACUUGACAUGUAUGGUCUUCAUUAAGUCUCCGAAAAUUUGUCAAAAAUUAUCAAUGAAAAACCAACCGAAAUGACACCCAACGUUUUUCUUUGGAUGCUGUGAACAUAUACCAUUUUGCACUGACCUAUUAAAGAUAAUAUAUAAACAAAUAUCAAAGUUAAAAAUAUGAGAGUAGUAGCAUUAAUCAGUGGCGGUAAGGAUAGCUGUUAUAACAUGAUGCAGUGUAUAGCGGCAGGCCAUGACAUUGUUGCAUUGGCAAACUUAAAACCACAGAGUAAAGAUGAAUUGGAUAGCUAUAUGUAUCAAAGUGUUGGCCACCAAGCAGUCGAAUUAUAUGCAGAAGCAAUGGGACUUCCAUUGUUCAGGCAACGAACAAAUGGAGUUGCAUUGCAGCAAGAAAAAAUUUAUACUCAUACUCCUGAGGAUGAAGUUGAAGAUUUGUUUGAUCUCCUUGCUAAUAUUAAAACACAAAUUGAAUUUGAUGCUGUAGCUGUGGGUGCUAUACUUUCUGAUUAUCAGCGUUUGCGUGUUGAAGAUGUGUGUUCAAGAUUAGGUAUUUGCUCACUGUCAUAUUUGUGGCGUCGUGAUCAAAAAGAACUGCUACAGGAAAUGAUUGAUUGCAAUAUUGAAGCAAUUGUUAUAAAAGUAGCAGCACUUGGAUUAGAUCCUACAAAACAUUUGGGAUUGCGAAUUGAUAAGCUCAUGCCACAUUUAGUUAAAAUGAAUGAAAAAUAUGGCUUAAAUAUAUGUGGCGAAGGUGGAGAAUACGAAACAUUCACUCUAGACUGCCCUUUGUUCACCAAAUCGGUGAUCAUUGAAGAAUUUGAAACUGUGAUGCAUACCAACGACACUAUUGCUCCUGUGGGAUAUAUAAACUUUAAAAAAUUUUGCUUAUUAAAAAAACCGAAUGUUGAUGAAAAUCUAAGUUUUCGUGAUCGAAUGGCUUGUUAUCGUGUACGCAGUCCCUUAGCCCAUUUGAUGGAUUUAGACGAUUUAGAAAUUGAUCUUGGUACUGUUACUGAUGGUGACAAUUUUGAUGAUGAUGCUUCAGAAAAUAAUAGUAUCAUUAUUGAUCAGACUGAUGGUCAAGUAUGUUUUGGAGAACUUAUAGAAACAGAUUCUGUAUCUUGUAUUGGUUAUCCAAAUGGAUGGACUUGGAUUAAUUCAUUGACUGGUUAUUGGGUUGAUGAUAAAUCUCCAGUUAUAGUUGCUCUUGAGAAAUUAAGAGAUUUAUUGCAAGAAAGAAAUUUAGAGUUAACUGAUGUUGUUGCUGUUACUUUAUAUGUUCGUGACAUGACUGAGUUUCUUAAUAUGAAUGCACAAUAUGCUUCAAUAAUGUGUAGAAUUAGUCCCCCAGUGAGAGUUUGUGUUGAAAUACCUCUUUCGGAGUAUACACCUAUUCUUAUAGAUGUCGUUGCUUAUAAACCACCAUCCAAGUCAUCCUCAAAUUCAAACCUCCCUUCAAUAACCAAACAUACGAUGCAUGUACAAAGUAUAUCUCAUUGGGCACCUGCUAAUAUUGGACCAUAUAGUCAAGCUAUUCGAGUUGGUGAUAUUAUAUAUGUUGCUGGACAGAUUGCUCUAGUUCCAGGUACUUUGAAUAUUGUCGAGGGUGGAAUCAGGCAACAAUGUCGACUAUCAUUACGACAUGUUAGCAGAAUUAUUAAAGCAGUUGAUCCUAAUAUACAACUUAGAGAUGUUGUUCAAGGCAUAUGUUAUGUAACUCAUACCAAGUAUAUUCAUGCUGCUAGAACUGAAUGGGAGAAAAGGACAAAUAAUGCUAUAGUAGAUUAUAUAGUAGUAUCACGGCUACCAAAAGAUGCUAUAGUAGAAUGGCAUUUAUGGGCACAUAGACAUAAUUCUAGAUUUGAAUAUGAAGAAACGGGUUGUUGUGUUGACAAUUAUAGGGUGUCAAUACGCCGACGUUGGAACUAUGAAAACAAUGUGGCUGCAAUUGUUACAUAUAUUUCAUCAGGAUCAUGCACUUCAUUAUCAGCUAUAACUGAUUCAUUAGAGACAUCUACUGAGUCUAUAUCUGCCAUUGGUCUAGAGGAAGCUUUCCGUUAUUCUUUAAAACGACUCCUGCGAGGAGAACCAACUUCAACCCCAACUGAUGCUAUUUGUUCGUUAAGAAUAUUUUACAAAGUAUCUCAAGAUCAAAAACCAAUAUGUCGACAACUUAUCAAUGCUACAUUGAAUAAUUUAAGAGUUGAAUAUCGAAUAGUUGCUACUGUCAUACCUGUAUUACAUUUGCAUCACCCCAAUACAUUUGUAUCAAUUUGUGCGCUGAGGCAUAAUACCUGAGAUUCAUUACCAUUCAAUAAUUGAUAUAAUCGCACACUAGAAUAAGGAACAAAGACAAUGCCAGUUGUUCCAUUAAUAGAUAAUAAUAAUCAGCUUCAUAUAAAUAUUUUGUAAACUUAUGAAUAGUAAAGGCUGAAAAUUUAUUAGAUUAAAUUUUUAAUAUUUACAGUUAAUAAUAUUCAAAGUGAAAAUAUUUAAUUUAUAUAAUUUGUUUAAAUAUCUCAGUUAAAAAGUCCGUCCGGUUAAACAAAAAAAAAUUUCUUAGGUGUGCUUUAUCCAAAAUAAUUUAUUUGCUCAAAUACAAUUUGUUUUAAACAAUUAUUAUUUAUAAUUACUUUGAUUUGCUAUUCAUAAAUUAGUAGUACUUAAAUAUUUUAAUUAAAAAAAAAUUGUGCUAAAACCACCUAAUUUUAUUGAUAUACACUUGAUUUUUGAUUUUGCUCUUAUGAAAAAAAAUUCUGUUGAUCUUGCAAAUUGUUAUAAAAUUAUACAUUUAAACCUAAAUUUGCCAUUAAAAAUCUUUAUUACGUAAUAAUAGCUUUAUUUAUUAUUAUUACUGUAAUUAUUUAUACUAAAUUAAGUAUAUUCGAGUGUAAAAAAAAAUAUUUACACUAAUAUCAUUAAUGAUUGAAACCUGAUUAAGAUACUAUUACUAAAAACAUAAUAAAAAGAAUUAAAAAACAAAUUAAACAUACCAGAUGGUCUCUGUGUAUACUAUUAGUAUUUUUCUCUGAUUCUUGCACAAUAUAGCAAAUUACAUCCAGCAGAAUUAAUUUUAUAAUACUAUGCAUUAUAAUGAAUUAACGUCUUAUUAUCUAACUUUUAGUUAAGAACAUUAUCUAUGUUUAUAUUUAAUAUUUUUAAAAUGCUUACAUUUUGCUUUAAAAUUUCAAUAAUAACAAAGAUAAUAUUCUAAACCUUAAGUUUUAUGACAUGUUAAUUUAUUCUAAUACUAAACCUAAUAAGUAACAACACGAUGUUGAUUCUAUUUAGUGCUGAACUUCACAUUUUAAAUCUACUCAGAUUGAUCCAAAAUUAAAAAAGCUAACAAUCUGUUUAAUUUGGUUUAAAAUUACCAAUUUGGAUUAUGAUAUAAUUCUGGAUUAUUUAAUUAUUUGUAUAAAUUGAUAGAUAAACAUUAUUUUUAGUAAAUAUAAUGAAGUAUAAUUUAAUAAUAUAAUAAUAUUAAAGUAAAAAGUAGACUAUACAGUCAUAUCUCUUUUAUAUAGGUAAACGAAAAAGAGAACAAUAAAAAUUAAAUAAUUUAUUAUCAAUAAAAUAACAAAUAAUAAGUUAUUUAAUUAUAUUAGAUUAUUGAUAAUAUAUUAAUAUGUAAUUAAAUAUUAUGUAUGCUGAAUUUUAUUUUGAAAUUGAUUUAAUGUAAAAUGGAGGAAAUAGAUUUAAAAUCUGUUAACAAUAAUAUUAUAAUCAUAAUUAUUAUGAUUAUUGAUCUGGAUUUAAUAUAAUAAUAAUCUAAAUAAUCCAAUAAAAAUGCAUUAAAAUACAUUUUUUUGUUUUUUUACUAAUAUUAAAAAUUUAUUAAUAUAAAAAUAUUAUUUUAGUAUUGAUUACUUCAUAGCUUUCUGCAGUUAUAAAUAUCUUAACUAACACUUUCUUACUAAUUAAAUACCUAAAAAAUAUACUAGAUUUAGAAACACUUUAAACACUAAUUACUUAUCCAUUUAGUGUAGGUUAUUGCCAAGUAACAAGUCCCGAGAAAUCAGCUUGAUAUGGAUAUUCUUGUACUUAUUUAGGUAUAAUGAAAAUUAAAAACUACAAAUUAGUAAUUAAUAAUUAAUUUAUCUUUAUAGAGCAUUAAUGCCAUAUGAUCGAUGCUAAAUUUGUUUAAUUACCCAAAAAUAAUAAAGCCAAUAACAUUUUUAUUUCAAACAUACAAUACCAACUAAAAAUUGUACUAUGAAUUAUGAUGAUAAUAAGCUUGUUAAGGCUUAUACAAAUAAUUCUAAGUUUACAUUAUGUAUAAUUUUACUAUUAGAAACAAUUUUCAACAACUUACUGUAAACUAUAAUAACAACUGAAGUAACUUUUCAACUGGAACAUUUCUGUUGAAUUUGUUAUUAUAGUUUUGAUGAAAAAACACUUUUAUAAGUUUUCCUGUAUUUAAUUAAAAUAGAAUACAUUUUUUUUUGUUACUAGUA